AUGUCUCAACAGCAACCGUCUGGUUGGAAUAACUAUUUUCAUAAAGAUCAAGGUUAUGAUACCACCUAUAACAAUAAUAAUACGCAAGCUAUGCAAGAACCCACGUCAUUGUCAUUUUUUCCACGUAAACAAGAACAAGAAUAUAAUAAUAAUGGAGAAACGCGUGAGGUAAUUAGUGAUGUAGAGAAAGUAGGUCAUAAUAAUCCAGGAGACCCCUCCUUUUGGAAAUCACCAGGAAGCGAACAUAGUCCAGAAGGAAGAGGAGAGGUUGUUAUACCAAGUGCACCACCAGAAUCACCUCGUGGCAAUGUUACCUUUGAAAGAGAAAGGGGAUUGGAAAGCGAUGAAGAACUCGCAAGAAGGUUAUAUAGAGAAGAGCAAGAGCAAUAUAUGAGAUAUAGCCAAGGUUCUAUGAAACCACCUGGUGGGGGAAUUGGAUAUCAACGUCCUGGGGAGGCUGAUAAUUAUUACGCGGCCGUGGGAAAUGGUGGUGAUAGAAGAGAUAGUUCUAAUGUACAAGUAGGUAUGGGGGCGCAAUUACCAACCGAACCGGCUGGACCUAGAUUACAAAAAGCAUACUCGGAUCCGUUGCUAAUUCCAAAGAAAAAAUCAUGGAAACGACCAUACUUUACUUAUAUUGUUACAUUGAUACAAUUGGCUUUAUUGAUUUAUGAAUUUAUAUAUAAUAAACAACAAACUGGUAGCUUGAUUCAGAUCAAUCCAUUUAAUCCAUUAAUUGGACCCUCUGCUUCACCUACACUUAUUCAAUUAGGAGCAAGAUUUGUACCAUGUAUGAAACUUGUACCUUCCCUCGAUAAUAAUACGCCAAUUCUAUGUUCAAAUGAUCCAACUAAAGGAACUUGUACCAUUGAACAAAUUUGUGGUUUUGGAGGGUUCAAGGGAGAUAAACCAAAUCAAUGGUUUAGAUUUAUUACACCAAUCUUUUUACAUGGUGGGGUAGUACACUUCCUGCUUAAUAUGAUCUUUCAAGUGCAAACUGGUAAACAGAUUGAAAUUGAAAUUGGUUGGAUGCGUUAUAGUUUAAUUUAUAUGGCAAGCGGUAUCUUUGGAUUUAUAUUUGGUGGUAAUUUUUCUGAUACCACUACACCAUCCGUUGGUGCGAGUGGCUCUCUAUUCGGCCUUGUUGGUGUAUUAUUUUUGGAUUUGUUUCAAAAUUGGAAAUUAAUUCGUAAUCCAUAUUGUGAAUUAACUAAGAUGGUUAUCAUGAUAAUAAUUACUUUCGCAAUUGGUUUAUUACCGGCUAUUGAUAACUUUUCUCAUAUCGGUGGUUUCGUUAUGGGAAUAGUAAUGGGUUUAAUGUUAAUCCCUACCAAGAAUCAUAAAAAACUAACUUGGAUCUUGAGAAUUGUGGCUAUCCCUAUAGCCGCUUUACUGUUCUUCUUGUUAAUUAGAAAUUUUUACGUCGAAGAUCCUACUAAAACUUGUACUUGGUGUAAAUAUUUGGACUGUUUACCUGUCUCCGAUUGGUGUGAUACUACUGGGUUGAAAAAAUGUUACCGUCACUAA